AUGGCCGAGUUCACCACUAGGCUGUUACGCUACAUCACUUACAUACAGAAAGCCGGAGGGCCCAGGGCCCACAUCAAAGACGUUAAAACUUCACCACCUGCUACACCACCAACAUCACCACCGCCACAACCAUCACGGGUGAUGGCCGUUCCUCCUCCUGAUUCUCCAACUUCUUCACCUCCACCAUCUCACCAAAUACCUGAACAGCAACUGUCGCGGUGCGGGGUCACGGCUGUUAAGCUCGCCACACUACGCAUUCUGUAUCAAGUGGUUGAAGAAAUAUCUCGAUCCACCUCAGAGUCUCUGAAGGAUGCCAGGGAGAUUAUAGAGAGGAUCAUGACUCGGAAGCUGUACUGGUGUGUGGGUGAAGCAAAGCUAAAACAAAAUCAAAAGAAAAUAUCAGAGGAAGAGAAGGAAAGUCUGAAAACGAAACUCAAUGAUGACGCUUCAAACUUCAAAGAUAACUUUGAAGUUAAAACUAUCACUAUGGACUAUGGGAUGAAGAACACGGACCCCAUCAGCAAAACAUAUUUCUACAAAAAGACGAAACCUGACAGGGCAUUCAAAAUCCCCAAAGCAAAGGUGUCCAUGCUUCUCCCAGAGUACUUUUCUGAGACAAUCCUUAGGGUUUACUGGAAAAACCCUGAGGAUGGGGGAAAAGAAAAAAAGAAGGAGAGCUUCAAUCAGUGGUGCAAGGAAAACAACUAUGAGGUUUACGAAGAAGAAGACGAAGCAACUGCAGGAACUGACCAAUGAAUCUGAAUGAAAGAUUCAGAUAUUAAGAUUUUUGUUACUUAAGAGAUUGAAAAAUGAGUGAAUCGUAUCAGGAAGUUACAGUAGUUUGGGCAUUUUGAAUCUUUUGUGCUUUUUUUUUUUGUUUUUACAUUUAAUCUUAACUGUGUGAUUUAGUUUGGAAACACAAAUAUCAACAUAUUAUUUACAUACUGAAUAACUCAUAAUGAUUUCUUUAUGAUUGACAUG